AUGGCAUAUCUUUGGAUUUCAGGCGGUGGCAACCUCCUGAGAGACCUCCAGAACGGACUCCUCAGGUCCAGGGGCUACAUGAUCCCGAGGCAGAACAGGGAAUAUCUCGACUCCAUCUCUGGCAAGACCUUCGGAUCAUCCAAGAGAUUCAGCGGACCCCUCUUCGCCGCUGAUAAGAGGAACGGCAUGGACGAGAUCGACAGAGUCGGCUUCAACACCUUCAUCAAGAAGAAGAAUUUCGACGAAAUUGACCGAAGCGGUUUCGACGGCUUCGUCAAGAGAAAUUUCGACGAAAUCGACCGGGCAGGUUUCAACGGUUUCGUUAAGAGGUCUACAGAAUAA